UAUCACGACGCCAUUUUCGAGUUACAGCAGUGACUGACGACUGUUGUAUGUCGAACUGUGUAUUUACCAUAUUUUAACAUUAAAAGACGUUAUAAUAUAUAUGUUGUAUAUAUUUUUUAAAUGUGUAAUGUUAUUACUCUAUCAGUGAAAUUAACAGAAGAAACAUUUAUUGUGUACUAUAGAUGAUAUCAACUGCGCGGGAAAUGUGGAUAGCUACGUUUUGUAUUCCCGCAAACUAAAACACGUUUAUAUAAAAUAUUGUGUUUUACAAUCAAAAUGAUUCCAUACAAAGGACGUGAGAAUAGGAGAGGUAAGGCUAUAAAAAUGCCUAGAAGCAUCGAUCGUUUAUAUAAAGAAGGAAAAUGCCGUGACUGUUCAGUGGUAGUGACGCGAAUGGAUUUUGCCAAAAUAUUAGGAAAGUUUACUAAGGUAAAGAUCCAAUAUGAAAGCAGUUCUUCGUCUAAAAGUCAGAAAACAUUGGAAACAGCUGUGCCUACCUCAAAUACAAGAUUAAAAAAUAAUGAAAAUGGUAUGGUACUUCUUCGCAGAACUGCUUAUAAUCAACAUCCCGUUAAAGAUAUUGUUAGUACUCACUCCAAAAAAGGUAAAAAUAAUGAUUUAUCAUCUGCUACUCGUCAAGUAAAUAAUGUUUUAAAAGAAAAUAAUAGUCCGAAUAAAACAGACCUACUAAGGGAAAAAACUCUAAUCCAUAAAGAGAAAGAAAUUCAUCGAAAUCAAAAUAAUAUUAAACAGUAUGCUAUUGUUUUCAAUGACCCAGCAUGCGACGAUAUUAAUCAUGAUCUUAAGUGUGACUUUUCAUUACCGGAGUUAAUACCAAAAGUAGACAAAAGUUUAUUUCCUUCAGAAGAAUGGUGUAUAGAUUAUUUUCCUAAAAACGAAGAACCGACUGAUGAUAAAGUGUAUGAUAGAAUAGCUGCUGAACUUGAAGACCUCAUGUACAAUGAAAAACCUGAAGUUAAGCUAACUCAGCCAGAACCUAACGUAAAUAAAGUAGAUGAUUUUCCAUCCAUAAUGGACAUUCUUAAUGAUAAUACCCCUGUAAAUAACUCUGAAACAAAAGACCAAAGUACUAAUAUAGAAUUUAAAAAUAACUUGGAAUCAAGUGAUGUCGAGGCCAUGCUUCUUGGUAAUCAUCCAGUUACCGAUGAUAAAGAACUAAAUGACUCAAAACUAAUAGAACCUUCGCCCAUGGAGGUUGAUAGUUCUGAUGUCAAAAAAUUAAUAGACGAUGUUGUACAAUUUACCCCAAGUACUGAAGUUGAUAAGACAGACGAAAAUCAAAUAAAUGAAAUUGAUAAACCACACAGCCCUUCAAUAUUGGAUGAAGCUCUACAGAAGGGAAUCGAAGAGCACUUACCAUGUGAUCAAACCCAUAAAAGUGAAUCAGAUCUUCCUAAUGCUUCGGAUAUUAGCAUCACUGACAAAACUGAUACAUCAAAUGUUGAAAAAGAUAGCAGUAAUCAAGAUAAGAAUAUUAUAAAUGAUGACCAAAGUUCUAAGAAGAAUGUAGAACAAAAGAGUUUAGAAAAUAUUUUAAAUAUACCACCAACCACUCAAUUUGAAGAUAUCACUCAUAUAAUAUUCAAAAAAGUGGUUGAUGGUGUAUGUCAUAAAUCUGUAACAUGUCCUAAAAAUUUAAAAUAUAGUAUAGAAUUAGAAGGGAAGUCUGUGGAGUUUUUAGGUGCUCCUAAAUAUAUAUCAAGCUUUGAAGACUUACAGGUACUAUUACAAAUAGUAAAUGAAACAGAUUUAAACAGUUUAUAUGUACUUUAUUGAAAUUGUGUUUUGUUUGAGUUAGUUGUGGACAAAUCUUUUACUAUUGAUAUAAAAAUGAAUGUAAUUUGGUCACGACUAAAUAUGGAAGAUGACAUCGACACCUGAUAUGAAGAACAUUGUUACUAAUGAAACAAUGUUUUCUAACUCUACUAUCAAAAUACUGAGGGGACAAAAGGUAUCUUUCAAUCUGGGAACCGUAUUUAUACGACAACUAGAACAAUUUUUAAAUGAAAAAAAAAAUUCAUUGUAAUUCAAGAUAAUCCAGAUUUCUGCUAAAAGAAUAUUGUAACUUUGGUUAUGAAAAUAAAAAUAUAUAUAAUAUUGGUCUUUGAACACAUUAACAUUGUAAUAAAUACAAUUUUUUUGUUCAAAUUUCAACUCACUACUACUAAUAAUAAUAAAUUUAGUUAAUAUACUUUAUUAUUGGAACUGUUAAUACAAUAUUUAUAAAUUAAAACAAUCAUAUUCUAAAUCAUUGUAACUUGAACAAAAACAGCUUUCCAUUUGAUGUAUCACAACUUGGUCAAAUUCAUACUACAGAAUGCAAAAAUUAAUAGUAGAACAAUUUACUUUAUUACAGAUGCGGCUUUAUUUAAUAUCACUUUGCCACUUUUUAAAUGCAACAAAAUUGUAAAAUGCUCUCCUGAAAACAACAAAAUCAGAUACAAUAUUCUUCAUAUCAGGUGUCGAAAUAUAAAACUAUGAUAUAGAUAGUAAUAGUACUUUGGCCUUGAUAUAAAUGGAAUACUAAUAUAUUUCAUUUAAAUAUUUGUUAUAUAUGUAACAUUACAUAUUUGUUUAAAAAUUGACAAUUUUAAAAAUGUUUUACUCUAAGUUCCAAUAGAUUACAGACCAAAAUAUAAUAUACUGUAAAAAGAA